AUGUUUUUGAAAUUAAUUUCUGUAUUAUUAAUUGUAUCGUUGGCAUACGUUGCCAAUGGUCAACAAAGUGCACCACUCACUGUCUCUGCACGUUCCGGUGUGUUCACUGGUAUCUACUUCAAUAGCACUCGUGCUUUCUUGGGUGUUCCAUAUGCCAAGCCACCAGUAGGAUCCCUCCGUUUCGAGCAACCGCAGCCACGUGACUACAUUUUUGGUACCUACCAAGCCACCACCCACGCUCCAUCCUGUUGGCAAUCCGGUAAGCCAGCCGGUUACGUCUACAGCGAAGAUUGUUUGUACAUGGACAUCUACACUCCAAAGGGUUACAGCAGAAACAGCAUGCCAGUUCUUGUCUUUAUUCACGGAGGACGUUACUGGACUGGUGCCGCCACCGACUUCCCAGGUGACAAGCUCGCUGCCAUCCAAAAGGCCGUUGUAGUCAUCAUCCAAUAUCGUUUGAAUGUUUUCGGUUUCCAACCAUUCUCAGACUCCAAUAACAAUCUCGGUCUCCAAGAUCAACAACUCGCUCUCCGAUUCGUCCGUGAUAACAUCCGUGCUUUCGGAGGUGAUCCAUCUCAAGUUACCAUCUUUGGUGAGUCUGCUGGAGGUUCCUCAGUUUUGCACCACACCAUCAUCCCAUCGUCUUUCAGUCUCUACAACAAUGCCAUCAUCCAAUCUGCAUGGCAAUGGUACAUUCCAACCGUUGCUCAAGGUCGUACCAAGAUGGCUUCAUGGGCUGCCACCAAGGGUUGUGACGGUACCACCGACAUCAUCACCUGUUUGAAGACAAAGAAUGCCACUGACAUCACUCCAACCGCUGGUCAAUCCGACUUUUUCGUUCCAAUGGUCGAUGGUAAAUUGAUCACCUCACUGCCACUCAAGGCAAUCAAGGAGAAGCGUUACAACUACGAUGCCACCAUCAUGAUGGGUCACAACUACGACGAAGGAAACUUCAUGGCUUACUCACGUCUCGGUUGGGUCCCACCCAACGUAACUGUCACCGACGCCACCUACAACACCUCAAUCGCCAAGUACCUCAACGUCUACUUCAACUCCUCCCAGGUCACCGACAUCAUGAACCUCUACGCUCCAGUCGCCGCCCAACUCGGAAACUGGUAUGGUGGUGCCGAAUUCUUUGGAGACUACUACAUUGUCUGUGGUUCCAUUUUGGCUUCACAAUACUUCAAGGCCGACAGAGUCGAAGCCUACUACUAUCUCUUCAACUACUCCUCACCAAAUUACCCAGCCAACGAAUGGUUCUUGGCUGCCUCACAUGGAAAUGAGUUGCCAUACAUCUUCUUCCAAGAUAUCUACACCCCAUAUCCAUUCGCCAAUAGCGACAACCUCCUUGCCUCGAGAAUGUCAAGUGCCUGGGUCGAUUUCGCCGAUAACGACUCUCCAAGAUCACCAUUAUCAGAUUGGCCAACUAAUUACCCACAAGCCAUGUACUACGGUCCAAAUGCAUCCGAUUUCAAGGCCACCAAACCAUACACCAAGGAUAUCUGUGAGAAUUGGAGACAAUACUUUGAAGCCUAUUAA